UUUUUAAUGGAUAUUGAAUGUUUCUCCUACCUAGUGUUGUAAAACAGACCCUUAAAAUGUAUAAUGGCAAUGAAUAUUGGGUAUUAUAGAUAACAGAGAGCUUGUAACUCCACCUUCAGCCAAUACUUGAUUGGAUAUGCUAAAAAGAGAACUGGGAUUUGCCUGAAAGAAACACAGGUUGUUGGUUUCAAUCCUGUAGCCCUGUGUAUAGAGUAUUGGGGCCUUAGGUAAAAAAACUGAGUCCCACCUAGAAUCUUUCCAGUCAGGAAAUUUGCAUUUGAAAAGACGUGCAGACACACUCAGAACUGCUGGGAGAGCAAGUAAUUUGCAUAUGAAGGAAGGACGUGCAGAAAAAAAAAAGGUUUUUGCUUUUUGAACUGCCAGCAGAUGGUUUAAUGUUGGGUGCCUCCAGGCAAAACAGUCCGUGCCCAUCAGGAAAGAACCCCCUUUCGGGACUGGAAGUUAAAGGGAGCUGGAAACCUUAUGCAGCUAAAAAUGAGGCUGAACUAAUGAAGAAGGUCUGAGGAGCCCCUGCAGCUAGCAAGUAUCUAGACAUUCUUACAGAAGAUAUGACUAGGCAGCAGUAUCUGUCCAAAGAUCAUUAUAGUUCCACCUUGUUCAACAAGCAGCACAACCACACUGGUUGAUCAGAAGGUAUCUGAUGAAGAAGCUCAGGGAAUAAAUGGAAAAACGCCAGCGAAACACUCAGCUGCAAGUCCAAAGCCGCAAGUGCCUCCAAAGCCAUUACAUCUGCGGAAUUCACCUUCAUCCAAUAUACACCAAACCCCCAGGCAUAAAGCUUUAUCUGGUGCAAAACCAAGGAUGGAGGAAGCUAAACCUGCCUCUGCUUCUUGUGUCUCAAAAGAAAAACCCAGUAAGGUAUCAGAUCUCAUCAGCCGUUUUGAAGGAGGCAGCACAUUAUCAAAUUACAGUGAUUUGAAGAAGGAACCUGCUGUAAGCCUAAAUGCUCCUAGAACCCUGGGAAGGUAUGGACUGACAACCACACCUCAGCAAAAACUCCUCUCCCAGCACCCACUACAGAAGCAGGGAAAUGAUACAGAUCAAACUCAGGGUGUACAGACUUGUGUGGCCAAUGGUGUAAUGGCAGCACAGAACCAGAUGGAGUGUGAGGAGGAUAAAACAGCCCCCCUUAGCCCAGAUACUUCUAUUCAAACUUCCGAACCAUUGCUUGAUACAAACUUGGUGAAUGGAGAAAGAGAUGAAACUGCCACAGGCCCUGCAUCACCCACAACAAAUAACUGUGAUGGAAAUGCUUCUGACAGUAACUGCAGGACUCCUAAUACAGACCCCGAGCUCACACUGGAAGAAGGCAGGGCAGAAGCAGAAGCCAAGGUCCAAGAGAGGGAAAAUGGAGAAUGCCCUUUGGAACUGGAACAGCUAGAUCAGCACCAUGAGAUGAAGGAGACUAAUGAGCAAAAACUUCACAAAAUAGCCAAUGAACUUUUACUUACAGAAAGAGCCUAUGUCAACCGACUUGACCUAUUAGAUCAGGUAUUUUAUUGCAAACUAUUGGAAGAAGCAAACAGAGGCUCAUUUCCAGCAGAGAUGGUGAAUAAAAUCUUUUCUAAUAUCUCAUCAAUAAAUGCCUUCCAUAGUAAAUUCCUAUUGCCAGAGCUGGAGAAACGAAUGCAAGAAUGGGAAACCACCCCUAGAAUUGGUGAUAUCCUUCAGAAAUUGGCGCCUUUCCUUAAGAUGUAUGGAGAGUAUGUGAAGGGAUAUGACAAUGCAAUGGAAUUGGUUAAAAACAUGACAGAGCGUAUCCCCCAAUUCAAAUUGGUGGUUGAAGAAAUUCAGAAACAGAAAAUCUGUGGGAGUUUGACUUUGCAGCAUCAUAUGCUAGAACCUGUUCAGCGAAUACCCCGGUAUGAGCUUCUCCUUAAGGAUUAUCUAAGAAAAUUGCCGCCUGACUCCCUGGACUGGAAUGAUGCUAAAAAAUCACUUGAAAUUAUAUCUACUGCAGCAAGCCAUUCUAAUAGUGCAAUAAGAAAAAUGGAGAACCUAAAGAAGCUCUUAGAGAUUUAUGAAAUGUUAGGAGAAGAGGAAGACAUUGUAAAUCCUUCAAAUGAACUAAUAAAAGAAGGACAGAUCCUCAAACUAGCUGCUCGGAACACAUCAGCGCAAGAACGCUACCUUUUCUUAUUCAACAACAUGUUGCUAUACUGUGUGCCCAGAUUCAGCUUGGUGGGUUCUAAAUUCACAGUUCGAACUAAGGUUGGCAUCGAUGGAAUGAAGAUUGUAGAGACUCACAAUGAAGAAUAUCCACAUACUUUCCAGGUAUCUGGGAAAGAGAGAACACUGGAACUGCAGGCUGGUUCUGAGCAAGACAAAGAAGAAUGGAUCAAGGCCCUUCAAGAGACUAUUGAUGCUUUCCAUCAAAGGCAUGAAACCUUCAGAAAUGCAAUUGCAAAGGAUAAUGACAUUCACUCAGAGGUUUCUACUGCUGAGCUAGGGAAAAGAGCCCCCAGAUGGAUCCGAGAUAAUGAAGUAACAAUGUGUAUGAAAUGCAAAGAGCCUUUCAAUGCACUGACGAGGAGAAGGCAUCACUGUCGAGCAUGUGGGCAUGUGGUUUGUUGGAAGUGUUCUGAUUACAAAGCUCAGCUUGAGUAUGAUGGUGGUAAAUUGAGCAAAGUUUGUAAAGACUGCUAUCAAAUAAUAAGUGGAUUCACAGACAGUGAAGAAAAGAAAAGGAAGGGAAUUUUAGAGAUUGAAUCAGCAGAAGUUUCGGGAAACAGCAUGGUGUGCAGCUUUCUGCAGUACAUGGAGAAGUCAAAACCUUGGCAGAAGGCUUGGUGUGUGAUCCCCAAGCAAGACCCUCUCGUGCUAUACAUGUAUGGUGCCCCACAGGAUGUCAGAGCCCAGGCCACCAUUCCACUUCUGGGCUACGUUGUGGAUGACAUGCCAAGGAGUGCAGAUCUGCCACACAGUUUCAAACUGACCCAGUCCAAGUCUGUGCACAGCUUUGCCGCAGACAAUGAGGAACUGAAACAGAAGUGGCUGAAAAUCAUUCUCUUAGCUGUCACAGGUGAGACACCACCUAGUCCAAAUGAGCAUCCAGCCACCUUGGACGAUCAUGCUGAACCUAUGAAAAAAUCAGAAUGCUGAACUCCAGGACCAGCCACAGGGUAGGGGGUCUCAAGAUUUACAGUUCAAGACAUUCCCAAUCUCCUUAUUCAUCUCUUAGCACUUUAUGUUAAAAAAAAUACAGGCUCAUAAAUGCAUCGUUUGGGGGCUGUUUUCCUAUAUUUAUGUACUCUUAGUGAAAUUCAUGUGCAGAGCCAUUCCACUGAUAAAUUUUGAAAUAAUGUGAAAAAUGGAGCAUUUUUUAUGAGCUGUUUCUUGAAUGUGUACUUUUGUCUUGAAGAAAAUGGUAUCAAUUGAUUGUAUCACUAUCAGGUUAGAAUGGGCGACUUUCAUUUAAGAAAAAAAUAUUUAAUGUGUUUUUCACACGUAGGACUUGUGACAGUUUGAAAGAUAUACCUCCAUGUUGCCAAAAUAGAUCCAUGGUAAAAAAAAAAAAAUACAGGGACAGUUUAGGUUAUUAUAUUAGCUUAUUUAGUUUAUAAUGCUAAAUAAAUAACGUAUGCUCUUUUAAAACAAAACAAUAAAAGGACAAAUUGUUGAUGUUCAGGCUUUUGACUUAAGAAAGUACUUGUUUUUUAUAGAAAUACUCAUAAGAAUAAAAUCCCUUAAGUAUAUAGCAAUUAUGUGUUCAUAGUAUUCCAUAUAAAUAUAUACAUCUACAAACACAAUACAUGCUUUUCUUCUCAGCUUCUGGUUCAUAUUUGUCUCUAAUUUAUUUUUUAAAUAUAAAGCACAUUUUAUCUUGGAAUUGAAUAGUGUUCUAAACUUAAACGUUUUCGGUGAUUUAUGUUUAACUGAUUGACAUCUGACAUUUAAGGGUAUUGAUAUUUUUAUAAUAAGAAAAAGCAGUAAUUUAUGUGGCAUGGGAUACAUUAGUGGAUUCCAACAGUAUUUUUACUUUUUUUUUGGUUGUUCUCUGCCUAUUUAAAACAGUGCCGCUUUUUGAAGGUGCUAAUAAUACCUAUUUACAUAUAAGAGUUUAGUUAAUGCUUCCGUCUUAAUUAUUCUGAGAUGAUAACGUGCAUUUUGGUCACUGGGACUGUCUGUCAUACAGGUUAUUUUACCAUUUCCAAUCCCAUAAUUGUUGCAGCAGUUAACAUCAGCAUGUACAAAAAUCUUCACGAAAACCUACACUGUACAGGACACUUGAGCUUACAAAGAACUGGGGCAUGUGGAAACUACGUUUAUUGUAAUAUUUUUAUUUUCAUAAGACUGUUAACCUGUUGUCAUCGAGUCGAUUCCGACUCAAAGCAGCCCUAUAGGGUUUCCAAGGAGCGGCUGUUGGAUUCCAACUGGUUAUCAGCUGAACUUUGAAGCACCGUGCCACCACAGCUCCAUAAGACUGUUAAGCAUGGUUAAAUGAAGACUAUAUAUAAUGAACAAUUAAGAUAACUGUGUGGGCCUAUUUCUUUGUGAGUUAUGAAACAAAAUUCACAUGUGAUAAUCUGUAUUUUGGGGGGUAGUAAAGGAAGUUUAUGCUCAAGUCCAUAAACUACCUCACCAGAGAAGAGAGGGGGAAAACAUAAUAUUGAGAAAGAAAUACUUUAAUGGCAGGUUUUGGGGAGGGACAGAAUGAUUGAAGAGGAUCUGAUAAUGUUUUUCCUUUUAUCCUCUGGGGAACUUUAAUAGACAAAAUAUGAUUCCUUGUCUCAAAGGCUUCUUUAUUAUAUUGUUCUUGUGAUUAAAAUCUCAUAUUAAAAUGACUGCUUAAUUUAAAAAAUAUAAUUUGACAAAAGGAUUUUUUCGUUCACCCUGUCAUACCCCAAUCUCAUUUUUUAAAGCAUCAGUCUGCUAGAAACCCACAGGAAAUGACCCCAUUAUCCUCAGCCUUUAAGGAUUACACCUUAACUGUAGAAUAGGUUUCCUCAGAAUUGGAGACUGCCACAUAUUUAUUCAGGACCCAUUGCUUUAAGAAACAUUUGAAAUAUCUCCCAUUUUUUCCACCCAAAAGGAGCAGGUGAACCAAUUAUGACCAACAUGAUUAGGUUCCCUUCCUCUGUAAAAGUAAUACCAGCCAUGAUCAUUAACAUGAAGCCAAAUACUCAGAGCCAAAAAGAGAUAAAGGUAGCUUCUUAGGCCCUAUUAAAUCAGGGACAGACUAAAAUUUACAUUGCUUCUAUUUUCUAGUUAUUAACUGUACAUUUGUGUGUGUGUGAGUGUGUUGGGGUGAUUUUUAGAAGGUUAAACUAUAGCUGUAGAUGAAGCUUUGGUGUUCUGAAUCAUAAGAAAAGAGAAGCAAUAAAAAUGUGGAAUGAUUAUCAGGGGAAGAUGUCUUUUGUAAAUUUGGAUAGAACAAUGGAAUGUAAGGGCCAAUUAGAUUUAUCGGACAGAUUAUUUUUGAAAAAUAUUUUGAACAGCAAGAACUACACUUUACCUACCAUUAUGUUCUCCUUGAAUGGAAGUAACAUGGACACACACAAUUUUUGGCUCAAUAAAUAUCAAUGUUAUUCAAUUUAUAUUAUUGAAAUACUCAAGUAUUUAUUAUCACACUCAUAAUAUUCACUAUCUUUAAUUUAAAAAAAAUUAGAAAUACUAGUGCUAAAGAGAAAUUUUGGUUAUUCUCUCACCAUCCUUCACUUUCUGCCCCAAAAUCUUCAGCCAAGCACAAAGAAAAGCAGUGAAGCUGCUUCCCUGUGUCUCAUUAAAGAAUCACUAAUGCUUUUACUUAGCAAAAGGCAAAGAACACUCUUUUAAGUCAGCCAUCUUAAAACACUUAACUAAACCAAAAGAUCCAAUGUGUGUUUGGUUACAAGAGUAAUCUAUGUCUUUUGCUUUCUGAGACACCUGAGCAGUCAUGACAAAUUGAACAUAAAAAAAUAAUUAGUUGCUUUCCUACUAAAACCAGUAUUCCAUGUGGGUCUUAAUUCUUUAUUUUCUCUAAUUUGGUGCUUUCUGAGUCAUUUUCCUUUCAAGUGCCCUUCCUUUAAACUUGAAGAUACUUAUUUGAUAAAAACUGCUAUUCAUUAAAAAACAUUCCAGUUUUUUAAACUUAAAUUUGACUUCUGCUGAAACUGAACGUCUACCGUUUGGUAUAUUUAGCAUGAAAUGUAGUGCAGACUUUUAUCUCCAGGUUUUCAGUGGGGUUCAAUAACAAAAAAAUGCUACCAGCCACUUUCAUAAUAAAGGUGUCUAUAAUGCCAUUGUGUAUGCAAGCAAUAAAACUCUCCAGGGUAUGUUUUUAUACUGAAAAUUUAAUAUGAAGGCCCCUAGAGCCAAUGGAUAUAUAGAAAAUUAAUUUCCUAGAAGUAAUACUAUAAAUUGUUGAGUAUAGGGACAAAGUGGGGGGGGGCAUUCUUCCUUGGAUUCAAGUAACUAUCAAAAAUAUUUUUAUUUUUGCAAAGGGCAUGGAUGGUGAAAAAAUUAAAGCACAUCUGCACUACUUUAUCAAGCUACAUUUCAUUUUCCAUGAAGUUUAAUUCAACAUACAGGUUGCUGCACUUAUCUUCACUGAGUGACCUACCCCAAUUAGGAAAAAAACAGACCCAAUUUUAAAAAAUUACUGAACUUUUUACAAAAACUAACCUUUUAAAUAAAGGACAAACUUCAUGGUGUUGCAGGGUUGUUAAAGAUUCACUGAUGCCUUCUAAAAAUCUUUCAUCAAAAUUACUUCUGCAAGCUCACAUUCUAUGUUACUUUUUCCUGUUUCUACUUUGUGGAAACAGGGUGUUUUUUUCCCCAUUAAAUUUUAGAUCUCAUUUCUGAUUAUGUUCAAAGCCUUAAGUUCUUAUUCUGAGCAUACUGUCUGUAAUAACUCUCUAAUUAUCUGGACUGAAUAUAUCCUGGGGAAAAGGCACCAACAAGAGCAAAUAAACUCCUAGGGAACAAAGGUCUUAUUUUUGUGCAGGUAUCCUUGCUAUAAUGCAAAGUAUAAGGCUAAUUAAAAUUUCUUACAUCACAUGAUGUUCAUAUCGUGUUAGCAGGUUGAAGAUUAAGCACAUGGUAUUUAUAAGCUAAAAUUAAUUCGAAAGGUGAAAAUGUCUUAAUGUUUUCAUUCUUAAAUUUUGUAUUCUUCAAGAAUGUAUUAAUAUAAGAACUGUGGCUAACCAGUUCCUAUGCUUAGGACUGUACUGAGAUCUGUAGUGGAUCAUGUUACUUCUUCAUUCUUAUUCAAUUUUAGUAGACUCAAACUGCUUUUUAUUUUCAUACUACUAUCUACUGUAGAUUCUUUAGAUUUAGAAAAUAUGACUAUUACAUCUAAGGACUACUAGACUAGGUCUACUUAAAAAAUUUUUUUCUGUGAAUUUAUAAUGUAUGUAUAUAUGUAAACACAUUGUUCAUUUUCAAUUAUGUCUUUCCACAGAAAUGAAGUUUUUUAUUGAAACUUUUCUUUUUAACUUAAAUAUUUUAAAUUAUUUACAUAGAUUUUAAUGUAUAAUUCAUCCUUGUAUAUGCCCUUUAGUCAUGUAGUCACGAGAAGAUAACUUUGCUUUCUUUACAGAUAUGGUAGAGAGAAAUAAGAUUAGAAUCUAAAAUAAGCACGAAUGCACAGAGAGGUGGACAGGAGGAGACUGCUAGUCUCCCAAUCAGAACAAUGUAUGUUAAGAGGAAAAUAAACUGCGGAAGGAAUACAAACUGUAAGAUAUAAAUCUAUGUAAGUAAUUGCAUGCUGAUGGGAUUCAUGGCAACCUGGACUUUGACUUUGGCCUCUAAAUUAUACCAUUGGUAUCCUGUCAUUACUUUUGGUACCCCAUUGGGCUUUAAAAAAUUUUUAUUCUCUUUGGCCAUUUUUUAUACUUUUUACUGAGGCAAAAAAUCCCUCUAAAAUCAAUCAUGUACUUCUACUUUCUGGACUGAGAUUUUGGCAGAAUGCUAUGUCUUUUCAGUGUUUUGAGGUGAAACAGCACACGGCUUCUACAAGAGAGUUUUUCACUCCGUGUGGGUCACUGAGAGUUACGUGAUGGUUAUCCCUUCCUAAAAUUUGUUGUGGUAGAUUUAGUGAAAAAUUAAGUCAAGAAAUUUCAUUAUAGCAUAUUUAAUAAGUGAAUACCAAAUAAGAAGAGUGAUAUGUAGCUUUGGGAAGGAAUAUAAUAGUUUGUGGGGACCAUUAUGAUAACAGAAUUGCAUUAUAUAUUAUACACUAUAUGGAUGUUGAAUGUAUCAUGGUUGGGGUCUCUCUUCAUUAGCAAAACAAUCAUGUCUGUAUAUAACUUCUUCACAAAAUUAGCAUUUCACUUUGUGAGUGACAAUUGACUGAUAAUUUUUGAACAGGUAUUAUCUGGGUUUUUCUUUUAAAUUGUUGACUAAUCAGUUUGAAAAGGUAUGGUCUCUGAAUUUUAUAGUUGGUUCAAAUGUGAAAAGGUGUACAUGAAAAGUAAUUUUUCUUUUCUAGUUGUAUGAAUGUAAAAUACUUGCAGAAAGUGUAUAUAUUAUGUAACAUAUGUAUAUUUGGUCAUAAAGACAGAGAAUUAGAAACAUUGUAAAAUUAAGCACUUUAAUUCUAUUAAAUAUUAAGCAUUUAUUGUCUUGUAAAUAAACACAUCCUUAAAUCAA